AUGAACCAGAUCCAAGCCGCCAAGCAAUCGCUAGAGGAGAACCAAGCGGUAAUUACCAAGAACCGCAAAAUUAUCGCUGUUUUAGAGGAGGAAUCCCAAGGGGAUGUGUUAGCCCAAGAAUACCUCGACAAACGCAAAGGGCUACUGAAGGAGCACGAGCUUGUGCACCGGUCAUUCCAAUACGAACUUACGUCGGCUCAGACUAUCCUCGAGGAGAUUGACUUGCAACAUCCUACUCUUGAGAGAAAACUUGGUGAGCUCGUGGAAGAUGAGGCUACGCUCAGGAAGAAAAAGAAGUCAUUAAGUUCAGCAAUAAAGAAAUGGGAGUUUCAGACAGAUUUAAUGGAAGCGGAUGGGGGCUGGGCCAAGGCGAUGGGGCGUUGGUCAGCAGGCGCAUAG